AUGGCGAAAGAAAGCGAUGCACCUCAGUUGCCCCUGACGCCUCGAAAGGCAAACGAGCAGCCCCAGGGCCUAUCGCAACACCCAGAAUUCGGAAAACCCUCGCCUCUCCGCCCUGUUCACCACCAACGCCCAGCCCACCCCAGCAACCCCUUCAACAUCCCGAAACCAAACCAGGCGAGACCGGAACAUCAUCGAGGCCCGCAACCGCAACCGCGGCCACAACCACAAUACCCCGCAUCGAGUCAGGGGUAUCGUCCGCCUAUGACGCCUGGUGCUGGCGUGGCUGCGACUCCAAGGCGCAACGAGUCUUUCGACCCGUUCAAACCUGUUAGACCUUCGGCUUAUAAUAACAAUCGGUUCUCUCGUCCCGUUGACAGUGGUGCUUUUGAAAUAAAGCGUCCCGAAAAUGUCACCUUCGGUACCCCGCGGGCUCCGAAGACGUUUUUCACGUCGAAGCCGUCGGCGGUGAAAAUGAACAAUGCGUCGAAGAAUCUUAAGAACUUCGUCGAUUUGACAGGUGAGGGUGGUUUCACGCCCAGCGCGGGGUCGCGGAAUAACGUUGGGUUCGGUUCGUAUGGAGUAGACGACUACGUGGAUACGGCGAAAGCGAACGAGAAUAUCCAGGCUCUGUUACAGGGUGCUUUCGAUGACGAAGAUGAAAAGCAACAAGCCAAGAAGAACAAGAAGAAGAAUAAGAAUAAGAAGAGGAAGCAGAAGCAGAAGCAGAAGGGGAAUAAGAAGAAGCAUGAAGACUCUCACGAUGCUUCUCAGGAUACUUCUCAGGGUGCUUCUGAGCUUGAUGAUUUGGCUGCUCAGCUGGAGGGUAUCACUGUCAAGGAGCCUAAGUGUACAGAUGACGACGAAGACGAGAAAAAGGCCAAGGCCGUCAAAUCUCCAGCGAUCAAUAGUGACACUCAGGAGGCAAGCGAUAAUGAAUCUGAACCGGAGGCCGACAAAGGCGCUACGGAUACGGAAGAUGAUGCCAAAGAGGUAGUCUCCGAUGAAGAGGAGGAAGAAGAAGAAGAAGAAGAAGAAGAAGAAGAAGAAGAAGAAGAAGAGGAUGAUGGAACUGUCGACGGCUUGAACGUCAAGCUUCUACCUCACCAGCGAGAGGGUGUGAGCUGGAUGCGCGAUAAAGAACUCGGCAGAGGCAAAGGAACGGCCCCCAAGGGUGGCAUCCUCGCAGAUGACAUGGGUCUCGGAAAGACAGUUCAAACCAUUGCCUUGUUGCUCACCAAUACCAAACCUGACAGUGGAAAGGUCCGAAAGAAUCAUGAUUCCGACGAAGAAUCAGACGAGGAAGAGAAGCCCAGAAAACUGCCCCCUGGCCUGAGCAAGUCGACGCUUGUUGUCGCCCCGUUGGCACUCAUCAAGCAAUGGGAGGGCGAAAUCGCAGCUAAGGUCGAGAAUACUCACAAGCUUCGCGUUUGCGUCUACCACGGCAAUACCCGAGCCAAGGCAACCGAUAACUUGGAAGACUACGACGUGGUCAUCACCACCUACGGCACCCUGACUUCCGAGCAUGGCAAGGGCGGGAAAUCGGGCAUCUUCUCCGUCUACUGGUAUCGUAUCAUCCUCGACGAAGCCCACACCAUCAAGAACCGAAACGCCAAGGCAACCCAAGCCGCAUGCGCGCUGGAUGCAGAGUACCGCUGGUGUCUCAGUGGAACGCCGAUGCAGAACAACCUCGACGAACUGCAGAGUUUGAUCAAGUUCCUCCGCAUCAAGCCUUACAAUGACCUAGCAGCCUGGAAGGAGCAGAUUGGAAAGCCAAUUGCCAACGGCCGCGGACAGCUUGCGAUCGAACGCUUGCAGAUCUUCCUGAAAGCGUUCAUGAAGCGACGUACCAAGGACGUCCUCAAGCUCAACGAUAACCUCAAGCCCGACGAGGAUGGCAGUGAGAAGAAGCAAAAGCCCUCUGGCUUCCAGAUCACCAAGCGAGAAGUCAUCAAGGUGGCGACGGAGUUUAUGCCGGGCGAGAUGAACUUUUACAAACGUCUCGAACAACGCACCGAGAACAGCCUUGAGAAAAUGAUGGGCGACACUAAGCUCGACUACGCUGGCGCCUUGGUUUUGCUGCUGCGUCUUCGUCAGUCGUGCAACCAUCCUGACUUGGUCAAGAGCGAUCUUGCCAAGGACAAGGAUAUCUUGCUGCAGACUGGUCCUUCUGAGAAGAAAUCGUCGCAAGGGAAGAAUGACGAUCUGGACAGUGUGGCUGAUCUCUUUGGUGCGCUCAGUGUUGUCACGAAGAAGUGCGACGUUUGCCAAACGGAAUUGAGCAAGGAAGAAGCCAGCAGUGGCAUCAGCCGGUGCGGCGAGUGUGAGAACGAUUUGAAAGCUACGCUUGGUGAUAAAGAGAUGAGCCAUAAGAAGAAAAGGUCCAAGAAGGUAGACGUGGGGGAUUUUACGGACUCGCCUUCUACCAGUCGCCAAGCUGCUCGUGCCCGUCGGAACAGAAAGAUUGUCGUGGAUAGCGAUGAUGAGGACGAGGAAGACGGCGAUUGGGUAGUCCCUAAGGCCCAACGCGGGGUCAAGAACUUCGGAAAGGCUGGUGGUAGUGAUGAUGAAGAUGCAGAGGGAGGCGGCGAAUGGCUCGAUUCAGAGGAUUCUGACAGCGAUGACGAAGGACCGGAAUCACCUACCAAGAAUCGCAUGAGAUCUGUCACUCCCCAGGUCCAGAGUUCCGAGUCAGAGUCCGAGGAUGAUAUUUAUCUUAGCGCGGGCGAUGAUGAGGAUGACGACAAGAGAAUCCUCCCGUCAACUAAGAUUCGGCAUCUCAUGAAGAUUCUAUCGCGCGAAGCGCCAGAUUUCAAGUUCAUCGUGUUCUCGUGUUUCACGUCGAUGCUGGACAAGAUUGAGCCAUUCCUAAACCGAGCGGGCAUCGGAUAUGCACGAUAUGACGGUAGCAUGAGGAACGACCAUCGUGAGGCGAGUCUGAACAAGCUGCGCAACAACAGUGGAACGCGAGUCUUGCUAUGCAGUUUGCGGGCUGGUGCGUUGGGAUUGAACCUGACGGCGGCCAGUCGGGUUGUGAUUCUGGAGCCGUUCUGGAACCCGUUCGUGGAAGAACAAGCAAUCGAUCGAGUGCACCGCCUGAACCAAACGCUCGACGUGAAAAUCUACAAGAUGAUCAUCAAAGACACGGUCGAAGAACGGAUUCUAGACCUGCAAGACCGCAAACGCGAGCUCGCCAACCUCACCAUUGAAGGCAAGACCGCAGCAGCCAAGCUGACGAUGACGGAUAUGAUGGCGCUGUUUGGUCGGGAUGCAGAGUCGCGGUAUGCAGGGAGACAGGGGGACCUGGACCUGAAACAGCCGGGGGUGCUCAUGCAGCCGACGGAAGAGACCGGUGGUAUGCGGUCGAGUAGCACGCGGGACCGUGAGCGUCCGCAGAAGAAGCGGGUGCCUGCUCGUGAGGAAAACUCGGUGUAUGGACGGCGGUGGUAG